AUGGAUAAAAAGAUAAUAGCAGAUGUAUUCCAAAGGCAUUUAGAUUAAUUGACCAGUCGUCUGAAUGAUGACCUCCCAGCCCUUUGCAUUCUUUCAGGGAAGGAGGAUGGCUCGAUCAAACCAAAAACUAAGGCUUUAUUUGUGUGGUUAUUUGGAUACGAUAUGAUUGAGACUGUGUUCAUUGCGACAAGGAAACAAAUUUUCUAUUUGGCGAGCGACAAGAAGUUGUAGAUGAUGGAGGAGACUAAGCAACGAUUGGGCGGGAGAUAUGAAGUCCACUUCUAUAAGAAAGUUGCUGACAAUCGUGACAGCUUCGAAAAAAUUCGUUAGAAAUUGGGGAAUGGCAAGCUGGGAAUGCCUACAACAGAGCAACAAGCAGGUAGUUUGGCCACGGAAUGGUACGACUAUAAAGGAUGGUCUCAAAUCGUGGAUGCGAGUUAAUUGAUUAGUGAUGUCCUCGCAGUAAAGGAUGACUAAGAGUAAGCCUUCAUCAAUCAAUCGUCGCAAUUGACUACUCGUCUUUUCAAGAAGCUCAUCAAAUAGAUAGAGGAUUCAAUUGAUGUUGGAACUCGCAUAACUCAUUAGGAUUUAGCAAAGAAAGUGGAGCAAUCUUUGGACAAUGAUAAACAAAAAGUCAUAAAAGACAUCGGAUUGUAAGAUGGCUUGUAUGAUUUUGCCUACACUCCAAUAAUUCAGAGUGGUGGCAAUUAUCAGCAAGUUGAUGGUCCAAACAAAGACUAUCUAUCAUCAGAUGUAAUUAUUAUAUCUCUUGGUACUUAAGUUAAUGAAUAUAACACAAAUUGCAUACGAACAUUAUUUAUUAAUCCAACAGAAGUGCAAAAGAAAUUGUAUAACACAAUUAUAGAAGUGUAGAGCAAAAUAAUUGGGUUAUUGACAGUGGGCACUCCUUUAAAUUAAGUGUAUAAGGAAGCUGUGCCUAUCCUCUAGCAGAAGAUCCAGGAAAUAAACAUUACUAAUGUUUAGUUGCCAUCUUCUUUUGGAUAUGGCAUAGGACUUGAGUUAAAAGAACCUUUUCUUGCAAUUUCUGAAAAGUCAACUCAUCUUGUGGCCAAGAAUGAAGUUUACUUUGUAUAAGUAACAUUGGAGAAUCUGUCAAAUGGAUAGAAGGGUAUAAGUUACACAAUUUCUGUUGGUGAUGUCAUUGUUGUAACAAAUGGUGCAGCCAAUGUGACUACCAAUUCAAUCCCAAAGGCUUAUAAAUAAAUAUCAUAUCAGUUGCAGGAGGAGGAUGAAUAGCCUGCUCAGAAGCAAUAGCCUAAGUAGACGGAUGCUCCAAAGGAGGGGCGAACGAGAGCACCACGUAAUUAAUAGAUUCAAAUACAAAGAGAGAAUGAGAAAUAGAGACAGAUUCAUUAGGAGAAGUUGGCGAAGGACAAAUAGAAUGAGUUAGAGUAGAGGUUAGAGCAGGAUUAAUUUGUUUAGAAUUCUCAGGAGACUAAAGCCUUGGAGUUGGAUAAGUUAUAGUGUUACUAGAAAUCAGAGCAGUAUCCGAAGGACUUGUAAAAGGGAUAGAUUUAUAUUGAUAAUUAGAAAUGCGCAGUCUUGGUACCUUUGUUGGGUACUCAUGUGCCAUUUCAUGUGUCUUGCAUAAAAAAUAUGGGGUCGUCUAUAAGAAUCAAUUUCUUUACUUCAGAGACAACUGCCGGGUAGAUUCAAUUCCCUCAGAUUGAUGGAGAGACAAUCUUCAUUAAGGAGUUGUAGUACAGAUCGAAGAAGAGUGAUCGUCCUUAGAAUUUGAUAUUGUAGAUAAAAUAAUUAUAGAAAAAGGUGAAGGCGGAAUAGUAAGUGGAAAGAGAGAAAUAGCAUGUUGGUGAGUUAGAACCUUUGAUUGUUAGCAAGUCUGGUAGAAAACCCAUUUUCAAGGAUUUGAAAGUGAGACCUACCUUUGGUUCUGGUAAAGCUGCAGGUAUUUUGGAGGUGAAUUCCAAUGGGUUUAGAUAUGUUCAUUCAAAUAAAGAAUAAUUGGAUAUUGUAUUUAAGAAUAUUAAGCAUUACAUUUAUUAAAGUCCAGAACAAGACAUUAUUGCUGCCCUACAUUUCCAUCUUCAUUCUCCUAUAGUUCUAGGUAAGAGAAAGACACAUGAUGUGUAAUUCUAUUGUGAGGUAGGAGGAGCAGUAGAACAUUUGGAAGGAAGAAGGAAAAACAAUAAAAACGAUGAUGACGAAAUAGAAGAAGAGGAGAGAUUGCGAGUGCAUAGAAAGAAGAUGGCAAGAGAAUUCGAAGUGUUCAUUAAAACAAUUGAGGAAAUGGGAGCAGAUUAUAAGAUAUAAUUUGAAAAGCCAUUUAGAGAUCUGGGAUUUGAAGGAAAUUGGAAUAGAGCAAGAUUGUUUUUGUAGCCUACUCACAACACUCUAAUGAAUGUCGUUGAGAGUCCAUUCUUUAUCUUGACAUUAUCUGAAGUUGAAAUCUGUUGUUUUGAACGUAUAAUCCCAGGCAUUAAAUCCUUUGAUCUAGUAUUUGUGUUCAAGAACUACGACAGAUAAGUGUUGAGAAUUGAGAGUAUUGACAUCAAAGAUUUGGAAGGAGUUAAAAAUUGGUUGGAUAGGAUGAAUUUGUUAUUUUUUGAAGUAGCGUAGAAUCUAGUUUGGAAAAACGUACUUGCUCAAAUCUAAAAAGACAUCCCAGGAUUCGUGUAAGAUGGAGGUUGGACUAACAUUUUGGCUGAGAGUGAGGAAGAGGAAGGAGAUGAAGAUGAUCCAGAAGCUGGAGACAGUGAAUUCUCACCUGAAUAAUCAGAAGAGGAUGGAGAUGAUGACUCUGAUUUCACUGAAGAUGAUGAUGAUGGUGAUGAUGAAGAUGAUGAUGAUGGUGGAAGUGAUGAUGAUGAUUUGUCUGAUGUUUUAGAUCUCAAUAAUAUCAGUGAAUAAGAUGAUGAUGAUGAUGAUGAAUCCGAUUCUGAUAAACCAAGACAUAAAAACAAAUCUAAACCUCAAUCCAAGCCAUAACCUAAACCAUAACAAAAACCAACUUCUGUCAAACCCACUCAAUAACAAAAAAGACCUCCACCUAGAAAAUGA